CAUUUAGGCAAGGUGUUUUUGUUUGUUUUUGGGAGGCGUGACGCAUUCUCUCUACUCUGCAUAUAUACCAAACCGUAUACAACUAAGACCCACCAAAUUUUAAAUCUGCGAUCAUUUUCCGGCCAGAUCUUUGUAACAUCCGUCGGAAAAUCGUCGUUGAUCCGGUCCGAUUCAAUCGCGAUGGCGCCUGUUUCGGCAUUAGCCAAGUAUAAACUGGUGUUUCUGGGCGAUCAAUCUGUGGGUAAAACGAGUAUCAUCACUCGAUUCAUGUACGAUAAGUUUGAUAACACUUAUCAGGCUACGAUUGGGAUAGACUUUUUGUCCAAAACUAUGUACCUUGAGGAUCGAACUGUCCGAUUGCAGCUCUGGGAUACAGCAGGACAGGAAAGAUUCAGGAGUCUCAUUCCAAGCUACAUUAGGGAUUCCUCUGUUGCAGUUGUUGUAUAUGAUGUUGCAAGUAGGCAAUCAUUCCUGAACACUGCCAAAUGGAUUGAGGAGGUUCGCAGUGAGCGAGGCAGUGAUGUCAUCAUAGUACUUGUUGGGAAUAAAACUGACCUUGUGGAUAAGAGACAAGUCUCUAUAGAGGAAGCAGAAGCCAAAGCUGGUGACCAAAAUGUCAUGUUUAUUGAAACCAGUGCCAAAGCAGGAUUCAAUAUAAAGGCACUAUUUCGAAAGAUUGCUGCAGCCUUGCCAGGAAUGGAAACAUUAUCUUCUGCUAAGCAAGAAGAUAUGGUUGAUGUCAAUCUGAAGUCAACGGUAAGUUCAUCUCAGUCACAAGGAGAAUCAGGAGGAUGUUUCUGCUGAUAGCUAUAAAAAAUAGCCUUCCCCGACAGACUGGUUCCUUUUAUUUUUUGCAAUCCUUGUGCAUGUUUGUGUAAUCAUCAGAAUGUUGAGGCUUUAUGAGAUAUAGAACAUUAGCAGUUUGUAAUGGUAGGUUGAAAUCUAUAUGUUUCUUGUAUGAUUCUUUGGAACUCCUUUGAGAAAUUUUGUUUGGCCUAUAGAUUGAAUUUUUAAACUUGUCUGUCUGAUCAAUGGGGAAAUAAAUUUGGUUAAAUGUUA